AUGACAGAUUUUUUAAGGAAUAUUCCAAAACCGAAGAAGAAUAUAUAUGAAGAUGUAGUGGAUGAAAAUGAUUUUAAAUCAAACCAUUCUCCAAAAAAAAAGGAAACGAAUAAUCAGUGUUAUGAAUAUUUAAAAAGAAAACACUUAAGAAUUACAUGUAAUGAAGAUUUUAGAGGAGGUGGAGCGUACCCCGAAAUACAUAUAAAUCAAUAUCCUAAUAAUGUAGGACUAAAAAAUAAAAAAAAUAGUAGUUCUAAUAUUGCUUUAAAAUACAUUGAUGAUGAAAAUAAUGUUAAAUAUGAUAAUCUAAUUAAUGAAGAAGUUCAUAUUUAUAAUAAUAAUAUUGAUAAGAUUGAACCUAAUGAACGGAUAAAUAAAUUAAGGAAAAAAAAAAUAUUAUCGGACACUAAAGAUAGAGAAGAAAAAUAUAAUGAAGCUAUAUACAAACCAGAUGAUAAAGAAGAAAAUGAAAUAAUUGAAAAUACGAAAAAAAAUAUCGAACAUAUACUUAAUGAAAAAUUAAAUAAAAGUAUUGUUAACAAAAAAGAUGAUAAGUAUUAUAGAUAUAUUCCACAAAAUAAACUUAACAAUCAUUUAGAUGAACGAAUCAUAAAAGUAGUUGAAAAAAGUAUCGACCCAUUAGAUGUUUCAAAAUUUAAACAUAAAAAACUACCAAAUGUCAAAAAUUCUCCGGAAUAUCCUAUAUUAAGAUCACCUACGAGAAAACUAAAUAAAGAAGAAGAAAAUGAUUGGAAAAUACCUCCAUGUGUUUCUAAUUGGAAAAAUAAUAAAGGGUAUAAUAUACCCCUAGACAAAAGAAUACAAAGUGAUAAUAAAAAAUUAAAUAACGUUGAAAUUAAUGAAAAUUUUGCACAUUUAAGUGAAUAUCUUUAUGUUGCUGAAAAAAAAGCUAGAGAAGAAAUCAAAAUGCGUAAUAAUAUUAUUAAACAGAAAAAACUAAAAGAAAAAGAACAAAAAGAAAAUGUUUUAAAAAAUCUAGCUAUUCAAGCUAGAAAAGAAAAAGGACUUGCUCAAAGCUCAAUAAUUAAUGAAAGAAAAAGAGAACUUGAAAGAGAAUAUAAAAUAGAGAAAAAUUUGAAAAAAGUGAAGAAUUACGAAAAUAGACUGAUCGAAGAACAAAUAGCAUUAAACAAAGUUAAUGUUAGCAAAAAUAAUAACAUCCAUGAUAUUAGCUUAUUUAAUAUUAAUGAUAUUAAUAAUAAUAAUACCGAUACACAGAAUGAUGAAACUUAUCAAAUAUAUGAUACAUCACUAUUCAACCAUAAAAAUAAUAGCAAUAUAUAUAAAUUCUCAAGUGAAAGACUAAACAAAACUCUACAAAAAACCGAAACUACACAGAAGACCGAGCCUGUCAAAUUUAUAAAGGAUAUAUCGGAUCCAUUUGGCCUCGACAGCUUGUUGUCCCAGGCAAAAAAAAAGUAG